CUGUUUCACGAAUCCACAAAUCCCCGGAACCUUUGAACUAUAACUAUUGGGGCAACACUGUGCUGAUUCUUACUGGUGCUCCGAUAACAAGUGGGAUACCAUUUCUCUUAUUCUUUCACAUUCCAGUUCCUGCAUUUGCUUUCUUUUCUAGACUUCUGGCCCGCCAAGUUAACAAAUGGAGAACCAUCCUUAUGGCGGUCAAUUUACUGACUACGCAGACCUCCCAGACGAGGAAUCAUUACACCCCUCUUCAAGUCCGUACGAUAUCGCGCACUCCUCGGGUUUUAUCUCCCCAGCCAAUCGAGCCACUUCGCAAGGGUUCGAGCAUCAUGACGACGGCAGUUCUCUCAUGGGAGACGUACAGAUGCUGAUUCAAGACGGAUAUCAAUCUUCCGGAUCGUCGGCACGCCACUCCAGCGAGAAUCUCGGCGCAUACCUUGAUGAGGACCAGGCUUGUAUGAGCUCAGGAGAAUCCAGCCGCUCUUCGAUAUCAUCGGUACCUCCAUCGGUGUACACAAACAUGGCAGAGGGGGUGAAAGGACAUGGGCAUCGACAUUCUCAUCCGUGGGACAGCCACGAGGGCAUUCAUGCGCAUGGAAGGAUCGAUGGGACCUUACGGCCGAUCUCUGCGACCCGGCUGAGGGAAGCUGCGUUCAGGAAGCCAAGCUCAGUCAAGGCCAUGCAAAUGCAUACCGAGGAUGAGCGGGACGAUGAGGCCUUCUUGACCCCGCCGAAGCGCCGGGCGGCGCACCAGCGCUACUCGGACGCCUCGAUGCGCUCAGUGGGCUCAUCGCCGUUGCGGAAAUCUCAGUUCUACUCACCCACCGGGUCGGCUGCCAGCAAGCAGAAAGCCAAGGACGAGUACCCGCUGGUCCUCUUGCACUGUAACCUGCUUCCACCAUCGCUUCCAGUCCCCGGCGCAGCGGCUCUUCACAAUCAGAAGAUCGUCAGGGAGGUGCUUCCCCCGGUCUUCUGGCGUCGAUGGAAGCUGCUAGAGGAGAAGGUGGGCUCCGGUGUGCUCCGUGAGCGUGGCGUACUGAUCUCACAUCCGGAAGAUCUGUAUGACUUGCUUGAGGAGCGGCUGCUGGAGAGCCUGGAGCUGCAGCGCCCGCGCCUCGAUCACGGUCACUUUAUUGGACAUGACGAAGCUGUGUCAGAUAAGGAAGGCUGUUUGGAGAAGGAGGACAGCGCGACAGACGAAGAGGAAGGGGAGCCAUGCCCAGACUGUGGCGGUCAUGUGGUCCGGCAUGGCAACGCCGGGCGGAAGUGGGAGAUCAAGGUGUUUGCAGCCAAUGGGCUGAUGCGAGCUGGAGCUUGGGCUGCUGCUUGGAAGGAAAUGGAGAAGGUGGACGUUGAGGUUGGCGUGUGGCUGCCAUCAGAGAUCCGCAGGGAGCUGGAAAAGAGGCUCACCGGAGUUGAUUAUUAUUCCUACCAACUGGACCCCCGACUGCAGGUGCCGCAGCUGCAGGUGCCCGGCAACGACCCGGUCAUUCCCGCACACCCGCAGGCCCGGCAUGCGCGGACGUCAAGCUCAAUCACAGCUGAUCACAGAUCUUUCUCGCUCGAUGAAACCGAAACACAAUCGCCCCCGGCUAUCAACAAGCCUGUAUCAGUCGAGAGCCGACCGCCGAAGCCAUCUUUUUCUCCGCAGUUGAACGAUGAUAUCGACAUGCAAACAUUGUUGGUCAAUUACAUCCGCGUGUUGGCUAGCGACCGGCGCAAUGUGGCCAUUGCCAUUCUGAGCAUCCUGAUGGUAUUUUUCGCCAUCCAGUCGGGCUCCCAAGUGAAGUCUUCGGCUCUGCGUCCGUUUCCUCACGAUUUCAUGGAGAAUGAAUCUCUGCACCUUCCUGACACGUCAGUCAAUCAAGCGGAUAGCACCAUUCGCGACACUCCUAUUGCCUGCGUGAGUCAAGCCACCGAGAGCACAAACAGCGAGAGCAUCGCUGAGACAGCGCCUCUGUCGGUGAGUAGCAUCCCAGAUCCAGCGAGCAUGAGCGUUCUCCCUCCCGCUGUAUCUGAGACUGUCGCUGAACCAGCGCUCAUGUCUGUUCGCGACACAUCAGAGCCGGUGGGCGAAAGUGUUCAAUCUGCUGUUUUCGCCUAUCCGAAUGAACCCUUACGAAUCCCGCAUCUCACCAUGGCCAAAUGGCAGGCCUUUCUACUUCUACGCCCAGUUCUAGUUCCUCGGGUCAAACCCCUCCAGUCCCUCUCCGCUUAUGGCAGGUCAUCAUGA